AUGUCCUACCUUUUGUAUUCCGUUUCCUUCCUCCUCCUCGUCACCGCCACGGCCCUUUACUUCACCCGCGCCCACUGGCUCCCCCACCUUCCCGACCUCCCCUUCCCCGGCCGCGACUACAUCUACUCGCGCCUCCCCUCGAGCUUUGUCGGCGACAUGGACGCCGGCCUCUCGAGUUCCACAUUUGACCUAGCCGCCAACGUCGAGUCGGGCGACGCCCGCGCCGGCCUCGACGACCAUUCCAAGGCCGAGAUCCUCAAGAUCAUGAAGAAGCGCCGCAUGAAGUUCGACGACGCUCGCAGGUACUACAUGCAGCAGCGCUUCAAGGCCAACGGCAUCGGCCCCGACGGGCGGCCGCUGGAUCCCAAGGCCGUGACGUUCAGCUAA